GAUGCACACGUGCCGUGUGCAAAGCUUGGGCGGCUAUGACUAGGACGAUCCCGACGCGAGCACAGUCAUUCGAAUCCAGUAUUAGUGCGGUGUAGAGUGCUCGGUGUUUUAUAAUCCACUUAUCGAAAUCUCAUCUCUCUUUCCCUCCGCCUGCCUCUUCGUCUGGUUUUUGUUUCGCGCGACUACGAUCGAUUAGUGUAUAAAAAUGCCUUUCAAGCCAGUAGAACAUCCAAAAUGCCCGAAAUGUGGCAAAUCCGUUUAUGCCGCGGAAGAACGGGUUGCCGGUGGACUGAAAUGGCACAAAAUGUGCUUUAAAUGCGGUCUUUGCGGCAAACUGCUCGACUCGACAAACUGCUCCGAGCACGAGGGCGAGCUGUUCUGCAAAGUCUGCCACGGCCGCAAAUUCGGCCCUAAGGGUUACGGCUUCGGUGGCGGAGCUGGCUGCCUGUCUAUGGACCAAGGCGAGCAUCUUCAAGCGAAGAGCGAGGGCGAAUUGUCACGGGGUUCUAACGCCAUCCUCGAACCGCGAGCAAUAGCAAAAGCACCUGAAGGAGAAGGAUGUCCUCGCUGCGGAGGAUACGUGUAUGCCGCCGAGCAGAUGUUGGCCCGUGGAAGGGCUUACCAUAAACAGUGCUUCAAGUGCAAAUUGUGUCGUCGGACUCUGGACUCGACGCUUCAUUGCGAUGGUCCCGACCGCGAGAUAUAUUGUCGAGCUUGCUAUCCGAAGAAAUUCGGUCCGCGGGGUGUCGGCCACGCCGGGGUUGUGUGGAUCGGGCUGCAGUGCGAUAUUGAGGACGAGGGCGAUGCGGCUCCUCGUACCACCGUGAUCGACACCGCGAUUAUCAAAGCCCCGCCUGGCAAGGGCUGUCCCCGCUGUGGUGGCGUCGUCUUCGCCGCCGAGCAGGUGCUCGCUAAGGGACGCGAAUGGCACCGGAAGUGCUACAAGUGUCAUGAUUGCACCAAAACCUUGGAUUCGAUCAUCGCCUGCGACGGUCCGGACCGGGACGUUUACUGCAAGACUUGUUACGGAAAGAAGUGGGGACCGCACGGAUACGGAUUCGCAUGUGGCUCGGGAUUCCUCCAGACCGACGGGCUCACGGAGGAUGAAAUUUCGGCCAGCCGACCUUACUACAAUCCUGAUACGACCUCGAUUAAGGCGCCAGCUGGACAGGGUUGCCCUCGUUGCGGCGGUAUGGUAUUUGCCGCGGAACAACAGCUCGCCAAGGGCACCAUGUGGCACAAGAAGUGUUUCAAUUGUGCCGAGUGUCACCGACCCUUGGACUCCAUGCUGGCAUGCGACGGUCCCGACAAGGAAAUCCACUGCCGUUCGUGCUACCAGAAGCUCUUCGGGCCUAAAGGUUUCGGCUUCGGCCAUGCGCCGACUCUCGUCUCGACGAAUGGAGAUCACGCCCCAUCAUACAUCGACUCCAAGCCUCAAGUUGGCCAGAAACGGAACGACGGACACGGUUGCUCACGCUGCGGCUAUCCGGUGUACGCCGCCGAGCAGAUGAUCUCGAAGAACCGCGUAUGGCACAAAAGAUGUUUCAGCUGCGGCGAGUGCCACCGUUCUCUGGACUCGACGAAUCUCAACGAUGGCCCGGACGGGGACAUCUACUGUCGCAGUUGCUACAGCCGGAACUUCGGGCCUAAGGGCGUGGGUUUCGGAAUAGGCGCGGGCACCCUCACAAUGGCCUAAAUUAAUUCUAGCGAAUCCCAUCACCGCUCGAGGAGCAUACCUUCGAUAUCCAGUCUUAUAAUAUUUCAUGUAAAUACAUCUAUACACAGAGGCGUCUCUGACUGUGUAUCCGACGACAGACGAACGCGCUGCUCCGGGAAAAUUUCGAUUUCUCCUUUCCUAACUUACGACGACGAUUCGAUAAUGUUCGAUAAAAUACGUACACUUUUCAUUAUUGCGAAUGGCGCCAUAGCGAAUGAUAGAGAUCGAUCGUGCACCGAUAAGCCGCCACAGACUGUUGAUAAUUCGCUGCGAUAUGAAAUCGCGUGUUGAUCGUGUUACGAAUAAAUUAAUUAUUGAACUAACCGAGAUAAUCUGUUUAGUCGUAAUACGAAUCAAGGUGCAGAUUUAAACGUGCUACUUCGAUAAUCUCAAUCACCUUGCUUUAAAAUGUACGCAAUUUUGAAUGUUGAAAGAAACGCUUGUUUUCUUUAUAGCUUUAAAACUUCGUAUUUUAAGAAAAAAAGAUUUUUUCCGUUUUAUUAUUGAAGUAACACUUUUUAUCUCAAUGUAUUGCAAGUUAUUGGCAGCAUGUGGGCUUAUUCUUGCAGUCUCACAACUCAUCUUCGCUCGAUCGUCACGACGGUUUGCACGAGUUGCUGCAAAAGAUUAUUUCGCGAAAUUUCUCAAAACUUAAAGUGACUUAUUUACGUCAUACUGUUUGACAAACUGUUCCGAGCAGCUUGGACGAUCCUCGAUGACGACGCUGCGCGCAAACGAUCUGAUGACGAUAAUCUUGACGACGAAUCCUUACGAAACUUUUGUGUUACUUUUUUUUUUUUUUUAAUUUUUUUAUUAGGAAAUUGGAGAUUACACGACUGCGAAAUCGAUCCGCCAAAAUGUCAGAUUGAAAGGAACGCUAUAAAACUUAAUAAACAAGGAUAAGUAUAUCUCGUAAUUAAAACUUACAAUAAAUAUGAUACAGGAAGCUGAGUGAAGACGGAGAUAUUUUCAGUGAGUAAAAAAUAUACUUUGCGCUCUAUUGACGAAGAAAAAUUAUCACCCAGAUUUUUUAUAUCACUGAAAUUUUUGCUCAGUUCAGCAUUUUCAAUCUUAUCGCUGCUUUAGAAUUAAGUGUAGGAGUUUAAGUAAUAAUCUUUUUGUGUUUCUCUCUCUCUCUCUUAUGGGCCUGUGAAACAGAAUGCAUUGUAUGAAAAUGCUUGGCUCUUUCACUGUUUCACGACACGUAAGGAGCGAGCAAUGACGAACGAAGAGAAAACUCUAUGAACAAGUACUAUUUUCUCACAGAUCUUACCAUCAGAGAUUAUAGCGUAAUAAUUGAUUAACCUGACAUUAAUUUACAGCGGAUAUCCGCAGAGAUGAGAUAUAUAAAUUGAUAAAAAUAAAUAAAAAAUAAAAAAAUCUAUCCGAAUCUAUGACCAGCAGCAACGAUGUAACCAACGAUUUAAGACGAGAACUAAUUUAAUUAUAAUUUUCAAUAAAUGUGUACUUGAAAU